AUGCAGCAGCCUGAAACCCUGCAGACAGCUCAGCAAACAGCUGCAGAAGAGCUGGAUCCAGCAGCUCAGUACCUACGUCGGAGGAAGACUGCUCUGUGGAUCACCGUGUCCCUGCUGAGUCUGGCUCUGGUGAUUCUGGCCCUGGGUCUGAUCGCAGCAACUCGCACCGACAAUGUGCCUGUUGCUGGAUAUUAUUCUGGCAUCACACUCAGUUUUGGAGCAUUUCUGGGCAUCGUUGGCAUCCACCUGGUGGAAAACCGCAGAGCCAUGCUUGUGGCAUCUAUAAUCUUCAUCAGUAUGGGGGUCAUCGCGUCUUUCUUCUGUGCCAUCGUGGAUGGGAUCAUUGCUUCAGAGUUCAUUGACAUAAGACCCUUACAGGAGGACAUGUGUGACUUUUACUCCAGUGGAUCGGGCUACGCAUAUGACAGCUACUAUACUGAGGUAUCGUGCCGUUCAUUCGACAAGACAUGCAAGCUGAAACUGAGGAGUGACACCUGCUAUUGCUGCUACCUGUACAACUGUGGCAGCACAGAGUACCACUCACAUUACUAUGAGUUCACUGGGGUCAGCAGCUGCUGGGACGUCAUCCACCUGCACCGGCUGCUGUGGGCCUCGGUGGUGCUCAGCGUCGUCGGCUUGUUCUUGGGCAUCAUCACUGCCGCCAUCCUCGGAGCCUACAAGGACAUGCAGAAGCCCACUCCUCCGGUGGCUCCCAGCCCGGUGCCUCCACCUCACAUCCUGUACAACCCGACUCAGCACAUGCUCACCUACCCCGGCUUCUGUCCUUCAGGGCAGGCUCUGCCCGCCUACCCAAACUAUCCAAUACCAAUGCAGCACAACAGCAACUUCCAGGCGCCAAACACUCCCCAGCUGAUGCCUGAUGGAGGCCCUACGUCCACCUCUUGCCCGUCCGAGGAGAACCAGCAGCCCUCUCAGGUUCCCCCUCAGCCACAGCCUCAGGGAGCCGCCCAGGACCCUGGAGGCUUCAUGCUGACCCCCAACGCUCCCGUCCUCUAUGGAGCCUCCUACAGCCCCUUUGAGAAACCUCCACCUUAUGCCUGCUGCAACCUCUGA